GGCGUCGCGGCGCUCGGGAGGGCCGUUGGCUGCUCGGGUGGUCAUGCGGCGCGUGCGCACGAGCUGCACGGCGGCGAGGAGCGGCACCAGUGGGCGAGGCGGGACGAGGCGGCGACGGGCAAGGAGGAGUUCAGCACGACGACCUACCUCGGCGACGUGACGACCUACGUCAAGACGACGAGGCCCAUCGUCAACCCUGGCGGCUACACGUUCGGCACCCUCACGGGCUACGUCCCCGUCCCGACCACGACCGCGUCGUCGACCGCGGCCGCCGUCAACAGCACGUCCUCGUCGCCGUCCUCGCUCGAGCCCCCCGCCCCUUCGAGCGCGUCCUUCUCGCGCUCGGUCACGUCCCUCCCCGCCGCACCGACCUCGUCCUCCCCGCCCUCGUCCGCCCCGGCCUCAGCUUCGAGCGCGCCCGACACGCGUGAGCCCUGGGCCUCGCGCGACGCCGACGCCGACGCCGCCGAGUCGUCACCCGCCGCCACGCCGUCCGCCGCUCGUCGCCUCGUCAAGCGCGCUGCAGCGCCCGAGCCGGCGUGGGACUUUGCCGGCGUCGAUGCGCACUUGCUGCACCGCCGCGGCGAGGACUUUGAGGCGGCCGAGGGCGAGGCGGCGUCGUCGCAGGUCCAGAUACAGGAGCAGGAGGAGGCGACGGUUACGGGCAAGGAGGAGUUCAGCACGAGCACGAACCGGCAGGGAGGGGUCGUGACGCUCGUCAAGACGACGAGGCCCAUCGUUAACCCUGGCGGCUACGUGAUUGGCACCCUCGACGGCGCCUGGGUCGACGUCGCCCGCCAGACGGACCGCACGACCCUCCCGCCCUCGCCGACCUCGACCCUCGCCGCCGUCACCUCGUCGUCGUCGCGCACCUCGGUCCUCGACGCGGCUCCAGCGUCGAGCGUCGACGCGCCGACGACGACCGCUGCCCCGGCGCCGCCGGCGCACAAGCGCGCGCACGACGAGCUGCGCCGCAGGAACGUGGUGCAGCUGGCCUGAGCGGGCCCCUCGUCCGCGCCCUGCUCGACGCCGCACCUCGGUGGCAGUCGACGUGACACGCUGGUCGUCGUCGUCGUCGAUCCCCCCGUCGCCCCUGUCUACACUACCCUCUCUCUCUUUCCCCUUCGUUCCGACCGCCGUCGGCUCUCGGACCCGCACUUUUAGUUCGC